GGCCCGACUCAGGCUCCGGCCGCUCGCGCACUCAUCCAGCUGCUGCGCUGGCGCCUUGUCGCGGGCCGGCGGCUUCCCCGCGCGCGCUGCCCGGGCCCGCGGGCGGCCUGGCUAUGGCCGGCGGCCCGCACGAAAGCGGCGGGCUCGCCGGGGAGCCCGAGUGAGCCGGUGGAGGGGGGGCCGCCGGGCAUGGCGCGGUCGCCGCCGCCGCUGCUGCUGCUGCUGCUGCUCGGGCCGCUGCUGGCGGCGGGCGGCGCGGCGCUGGAGAUCGGUCGCUUCGACCCGGAGCGCGGACGCGGGCCGGCGCCGUGCCAGGCCGUGGCCAUCCCCAUGUGCCGCGGCAUCGGCUACAACCUGACCCGCAUGCCCAACCUGCUGGGCCACACGUCUCAGGGCGAGGCGGCGGCCGAGCUGGCCGAGUUCGCGCCGCUGGUGCAGUACGGCUGCCACGGGCACCUGCGCUUCUUCCUGUGCUCGUUGUACGCGCCCAUGUGCACCGAGCAGGUCUCCGCGCCCAUCCCCGCCUGCCGGCCCAUGUGCGAGCAGGCGCGCCUGCGCUGCGCGCCCAUCAUGGAGCACUUCCACUUCGGCUGGCCCGACUCGCUCGACUGCGCGCGGCUGCCCACCCGCAACGACCCGCACGCGCUGUGCAUCGAGGCACCCGAGAACGCCACGGCCGGCCCGGCUGAGCCGCACAAGGGGCUGGGCAUGCUGCCCGUGGCGCCGCGGCCCGCCCGGCCCCCCGCAGACCCAGCGCCCGGCCCCUGCGCCAAUCCCGACAAGUUCCAGUACGUGGAGCGCAGCCGCUCGUGCGCCCCGCGCUGCGCCCCCGGCGUGGAGGUCUUCUGGUCCCGGCGCGACAAGGACUUCGCGCUCGUCUGGAUGGCCGUGUGGUCGGCGCUCUGCUUCUUCUCCACCGCCUUCACCGUGCUCACCUUCCUGCUGGAGCCACAGCGCUUCCAGUACCCCGAGCGCCCCAUCAUCUUCCUGUCCAUGUGCUACAACGUGUACUCGCUGGCCUUCCUGAUCCGCGCUGUGGCUGGGGCGCAGAGCGUGGCCUGCGACCAGGAGGGGGGCGCGCCCUACGUGAUCCAGGAGGGCCUGGAGAGCACGGGCUGCACGCUCGUCUUCCUGCUGCUCUACUACUUCGGCAUGGCCAGCUCGCUCUGGUGGGUGGUGCUCACACUUACCUGGUUCCUGGCGGCCGGCAAGAAGUGGGGCCACGAGGCCAUUGAGGCGCACGGCAGCUACUUCCACCUGGCGGCCUGGGGGCUGCCGGCGCUCAAGACCAUCGUUGUGCUGACCUUGCGCAAGGUGGCGGGGGACGAGCUGACCGGGCUGUGCUACGUGGCCAGUCUGGACGCUGGGGCACUCACCGGCUUCGUGCUGGUGCCUCUCUCCUGCUACCUGGUGCUGGGCACCAGCUUCCUCCUGACAGGCUUCGUGGCCCUCUUCCACAUCCGCAAGAUCAUGAAGACGGGCGGCACCAACACUGAGAAGCUGGAGAAGCUCAUGGUCAAGAUUGGGGUCUUCUCCAUUCUCUACACCGUGCCGGCCACCUGCGUCAUCGUCUGCUACGUGUACGAACGCCUCAACCUGGACUUCUGGCGCCUGCGGGCCUCGGAGCAGCCCUGUGCCGCUGCCACCGUUCCUGGGGGCCGGAGGGACUGCUCGCUGCCUGGGGGCUCCGUGCCCACCGUGGCCGUCUUCAUGCUCAAGAUCUUUAUGUCGCUGGUGGUAGGCAUCACCAGCGGUGUCUGGGUCUGGAGCUCCAAGACCUUCCAGACCUGGCAGAGCUUAUGCCACCGCAAGAUGGCAGCAGGCCGGGCGAGGGCCAAGGCCUGCCGGGCACCAGGGGGCUAUGGCCGCGGCCCCCACUGCCACUACAAGGCCCCUACGGUGGUCUUGCACAUGACUAAGGCGGACCCCACUUUGGAGAACCCCACGCACCUCUAGGGACCUGGCCGUCCGGCUGUUGCCCCCUGCCCGCCCCCCUCCACAGGGGACAGCUGUCUUGCAGCUGCCCAGCUGUCAAGGUCGGGCGAGGGAGCCAGGGACAGGGGUGGGCCUCCUAUGGCCCUCACUCGUUUGUGGGGGCCUAGCAGUGAAGGGAGAGGGCCCAGUGGAUUCCCCAUGGGGCCUGGGGUGGCGUGUGGAGAGGAGGGACGGGGGCAGACUGCAGCAGUUUAUUUAAUGAUGUAAUUUAUUCUGGACUUCCUCUGGAAGCUGUGACUGCAAUAAACCCCCCGUGUGGC